AUGCUGAGCGUAAAAAUGGAGGGACACGAGCAUCCGGACUGGAGCGGCGGAGGAUUCUACGGAGACACCGAGGUCUACCCGGGUCCGCCCAACAUGAACCCCGGUCUGUCCAUGAACUGCAUGAGCGGCUACAUGAGCGCGCCCGCAAUGACCGGCGGAGGCCACAUGAACGCGCCCUACGUCAACCCGGUCGGGGUCAACCCGUCAUCCAUGUCCGGGGGGGUGGUGUCCCAGAGCCCGGCGGCCGUGCAGGUGCAGGUGGGCACCGGGAUGAGCCCUCCUCCUCCCCCUCCUCCUCCUCCUCCGUACGGGAACGUGAUGAGCCCGGUGUACGCGCAGACCUGCAGCCUCCGUGCGCGCGACCCCAAACCUUACCGGCGGAGCUACACGCACGCGAAGCCGCCGUACUCGUACAUCUCCCUGAUCACCAUGGCGAUCCAGCAGUCCGGAACCAAGAUGCUGACCCUCAACGAGAUCUACCAGUGGAUCAUGGACCUGUUCCCGUUCUACCGGCAGAACCAGCAGCGGUGGCAGAACUCCAUCCGACACUCCCUCUCCUUCAACGACUGCUUCGUGAAGGUCCCCCGGUCCCCAGAAAAACCCGGUAAGGGUUCCUUCUGGGCCCUGCAUCCGGACUCGGGGAACAUGUUCGAGAACGGCUGUUACCUGCGGAGACAGAAGCGCUUCAAGUGCGACAAGAAGCCGGAGAAGGAGGCGGGGGGAGGGGGGGGGAAACCGGGCACCGACGGCGGCUCCGGUACCGGCUCCCCCCAGUCCUCCUCCUCCUCUUCCAUCUCCACCUCCUGUUCCCCGUCUGCCGGUCCGGACCUGAAACGGGCCGAACCCCCCUCGACCUCCAGCCCCGCCCGCGUGCCCUCUCCUCUCACGCACGCGCAGCACCUGUUCCCCCAUCAUCCCCAUCAUCAUCAUCAUCACCAUCACCCGCUGCUGCUGCACGAGAGCGCGCACCUGAAGCCGGACCACUACCACCACUACCCCUUCAGCCACCCGUUCUCCAUCAACAACCUGAUGUCGGAGCCGGUGCUGCCGUACGGGGGCUACGGAUGCCCCGUGUCCGGCCCCCUGGUCAAACCCGGACUGGACCCGGCCCACGGAGACUCCAACAACUACUACCACGGCGUGUACUCCAGACCCAUCAUGAACGCGUCCUGA